UACCUAGCCCAACCUGACGCGAGGGAAAGCGGGGUCUGCUCGUUGCCGUCAUCGUACGAUCGUACGGGCGAGAAACGAGAGCUUGCCGAGUAGUUAUCUGAGAGCUGCUAGCGUGGUUUGUGUCGAUGAAGCUGCGCGAGAGCCGCAUUUCUGUUUGAACCGGUGAUACGACACUCUCAGUGGAAAUAUGUGGCUAGAGGAGUGCGACAGCUUCGCCGAGCUGUGCCGGGGCUAUCUGCCGUACUAUCUGUUAAUAGUCUUGCCGAUCUUCAUCAUCAUCUCCCCGGUGAACCCGGUGGCCGCUUCCCACGAGUUUCCCGUCUAUCGUAUGCACCAGUACGACCUGCACGGGGUUUCGCACGGUUGCCGGAGCGCACCCAUUUCCUUGGAGGCGAGGUCCCUGGCUGGAUGGAGCACCUCCAGGCACUGCGUCGUCGCGAGGGCGCUGGACGUCACGCCGUCCGUCUUCCAGUCCGUUAGAAGUAAGGCUGGCGCACUGGUGAUUGUUCUACCUGAGAAGAUCAACGAACUCACCGCUGAGGAGAAGCAACACAUCAUAAAUCUAGAAGAAUCUAUGAUGUACGGAUCGGAGACGGUGAUACCGGUGUACUUUGUGCUGUGGCAUCCAGAACUUCAGAUUAUCCUGGACGACAUCGCGGGUGGUUUCGUCACGGACGAUAAGGCUGGUACAGCGUUCGAAGCUAUUUACAAUUCAAUUUCAGCUAGCGGCUACCAAGUGGUAGUAACCACUGGACAGGCGCUUCCUAAGACUGACGUCAAGGUUGCCACGUUGCACGGCAAGCUAACUGGAACUGGCACCGAAGAGAAAUUACCUACCAUAGCGAUAGUGACACACUACGACAGUAGUGGUGUCGCACCCGAAUUGUCAUUUGGUGCGGACAGUAAUGCUUCCGGUGUAGCUAUGCUACUAGAAAUAGCGAGGCUGUUCUCCGCCUUGUAUUCCACUGGUCGGACAAGACCGCAAUAUAAUCUGGUUUUCAUUGCAACUGGAGCUGGCAAAUUAAAUUAUCAGGGUAGUAAGAAAUGGCUGGAGGAUCAAUUGGAUGGCGUUGAAGGUUCCGUUAUACAGGACGCAGCUUAUGUAAUAUGCCUUGACACGGUUUCCACCAGCAAUAAUUUGUAUGUGCACGUGUCAAAGCCACCCAAGGAGAAUUCUUCGGGUGGUUUGUUUUACAAGGAGCUUAAAACUGUCUCGCAAUCAUUCAGCACUGUUAAUGUUGAUGGCGUGCAUAAGAAGAUAAAUCUUGCAGAAGAAACGUUAGCCUGGGAACACGAAAGAUACAGCAUUCGGAGAUUGCCAGCUGCUACUCUGUCUACGUUAAAGAGUCACGAGGAUUCAACCAGGACUACUAUAUUAGACGUCUUUAGAGAGGGACAAGUGGAGAGAUUGUACAAGCAUACUCAAAUUAUAUCAGAGGCAUUGGCGCGUCAUAUAUAUAACUUAAGUUCUAGUCAAAUCUUUACCGGUCCAUUGGACGUAUCAAAAGAAUCGCUCUCCUUAUGGUUUAAUUAUUUCGCUUCUCAACCAAGAGCAGCGUCGUUACUAGCGGAUAAAAAUAAUUUACUAGUUAGCACUUUGAAGGAAGCAAUGACGAGAUAUUUGGGAGAUGUGAAAGUUACUCUCCACACUCCUGACAAACAAGAUCCUGAAUUUGUGUUCUAUGAUGUUACAAAAGCAACUUUGAAUGUAUAUAGUGUAAAACCGGCUGUGUUUGAUCUCUUUCUUACUAUCGGCAUAAUUUUGUACUUGGGAAUAUUGUACAUGAUUGUGCAUAAUUUUCCACAUGCUUACACCCUGGCAACGAGGCUUUCUGCGAAGAGCAAGACAACGUGAAUCUUUAUCUUUACAAGCAAAGAAAUCUUUUUUUUUUCUUGAACAUCAAUCUCCAGUAAUGUUGAACAAUCGACCUAUAUUAUAAGAAAAGUUGACUAGUUCUUAGAUGAUACAUUUCCUCUAAAGUACUCCAAAACUAUACAUACUGAUGCAUAUUUAGGUAUUUGCUGAAAGCAAAUUAAAUCCAAGUACAUAUUUGUGUGUGUAUGUGUGCGUGUGUAUGUGUGUAUAUGUUCACUUCAUAAAUUUUUAAUUAUAAACUAUCGAGAUUACGUAUUUAUAUUUUUUGCUCAAUAGUAUGUCACUAUUCUUUAUUAAUCUCUUCCAGCAGUAACAUAACUUAGAACACUGAGAAGAAAACAAUUUGAUUUCCUUAUAAUUAGGCUUUCUCUAGAUGAUCUGCCAUGUGAGAAGUGAUAAUGAAGACCAAGUUAUAAUUGACCAAAUAGUGAGAUUAGAAUACAAAUAUAAAGAUUGGAAGGUUUGUUACAUGAAGAUGUAAGCAUUAAAUCUAAUAUAACUAUCUAAUAUCUUAAGUCUGUAUUUAUCAAAGAUAAAUGUAAAUGAUAAUAUCAUUGAUUUUGACAUUCAAGAACACGAACUAAAAUUCUUUAUUUCAAUGAAACUCUGAUUUCAAGUUUAAUUUGUCAUUAUAUAAAAAAAACACGCUUACAGGAAAAUAUCGAAAGAAUCUAGCUAAGGAAUAAAUAUACAUACAAUCACGAAGAAAGUUAAUUUCAGCCUGCUUUAAUUGUAAUAGAGCACUGGGAAAGAAAAUGGGAAAAUAUAAAAUUUUCCUUAUAUUAAUUUAGAAUUUAUUUCAGUACAAAGCUUGCUUUUUGGUUGAAUUAUAGAAAUAACACGUUUUAGCCUAAUAAUUUACAUUUUACGUUCUUCCUAUAAUAAUUUACAAAUUAAUUGCGACAAUAAUUUAUUAUGUUGAUAUUUAAUAACUAUGAAAGGAAUACUUUGACCAAAAGUAUCAUCCAUGAUCAGUUCAGCUAUGAGGCUUAUAUCUGAGAAUAUAUGCAGUAUAUUAAACACACAGAAUGGAGUACUUAAUUACUAUAAAUUAUAAUGAAUAAAAUAUACAGAUAUAAUAAAUGGGAAUAUAGACGUUUGCAAUUAUUUCAAGAUGGAAAGAAUGAAAUAUAUAACUUGAGAAUCAUCCAGAAAAA